AUGCGCGCCGUCGUGCAGCGAUGCCUCAACGCCUCGGUGGCCGUCGAUGGUCAGACAAUCAGCCAGAUCGGAAAGGGACUCAUGGUCCUCGUUGGCAUUGAGCGCAACGACACGCCUGACGAUGCUGCAUGGAUCAUCAAGAAGGUCCUGGGAGCCAAGCUGUGGGACGACAACACUGGCGCGUGGAAGCGCAGCGUCGUCGAGAUUGACGGCGAAGUGUUGUGUGUGUCACAGUUCACUCUGUACGCCAACUUUAAGGGCCUCAAGCCUGACUUCCACGAGUCAAUGUCUACGCUCCCUGGCAAGGCGUUCUACUCGACAUUUCUCGAGCAGAUCCGCAACGCAUAUGUCGCGGACAGGAUCAAGGAUGGCCAGUUUGGUGCCAUGAUGGCCGUGAGCCUCACAAACGACGGCCCCGUCACGAUGCUGUUCGAUAGCAAGGACCGUAACCCGCGCAAGAGCGGUGCCAGCAGCGCGGCCGGAAGUGCCAGUACCAGCGUAGCGGGUAGCCGGGCAUCCACACCGGCACCGCUGAGCAAGGAAGAGCAGGCAGUCAUUGCCAAGCGGAAGGUGGCCGAGAGGGCAGAGAAGAAGGCGGCUUACCUGGCGCGCGUGGCGGCAGGUGAGCUGCCACCACCCAAGCACAAGACAGCUGCCAGAGUUGAAGGACAAGAGCUGGAAUCCGCCGAGUAG